CCAACCUGUUUUCCUUCUUCACCUCCAUCUUCCUGACGCACCCGUCGUGCAUCACGCGCUACAGCCUGCAUCCUUCUCGGCCGCAUCAGGCCCCCCCUCGAUUCUCCACCAGCUGCUCCAAAAUCCGCCUCGCCUCUGCCUGUGCACUCCGAUCCCCCUCUCAAUCCUCGAUCGUCGCGGCCUUUGCGCCCCUCGACGCAGCCCGUUUCGGCUCCCUCGAAGCCUGCAACUCCUACGUGACACAUUUGGCUCCACCGGCCGCACAGCCUGCAGGCUCUGCUGAUUCCGUCCAUCAUCCACACCUCCACCGAGGAUCCUGUGGGGAUCCGCGAAGAUGCGUCUCCUUGUACCGCCUCGCCUGCAUGACUCUCUUGAUGGGCUUUCCUGUCAUUUGUUCCAGACUUGCAAAAGAGUUGGGGGAUCGUCACCAAAACAACCUCAGUCGUGGUGCGCGACACGGCUCUCUUGCUAUGCCGUCCGUGCCGGGAUUCUACAUCUUGAACCGGGUGGAGAAUGAUGUGGCAGACGGCGAAGGCGCAGCUGAUAUUUUGCUGCAGGGCGGCACAGCAAGCUGAGUAUCGCACCUGGUGCGUCCAAUCACAAAAAUGCCUCACGAGUCGAUCGGCAGUGUGCAUGCAUUGCUGCCUACGCUCCGCCUCGAAUUUGCGGCGUCGAGCUGGGCCGAGACCUCCAUUUUGGCCCUUAGCGCUCGGGGGGAAAGGAUUGUCAUCCGGCAACAGGGGCACGUCAGCGUGUUACAAGUGGAUUCUCAGCUGCUGUCUCGUUUAGGCUGGAUGCAGUACGGUGAUUCCCAAAAUCGAGGCCCGGUGACGACAGGAUGCAGGGAUGGAAAGCCGGCUUCGCAAGACACAAUUUCGCUCGGACGAACGCGGACGUCGAUUCUCCUUCGCAGAUGAUGAUCCCAAUGGUGGACGGGCGUGUGCUUGUGAGGUUGGCCAUCAGUUUCGAGGAAGACUACAAGAUCGUCCCAAAAAAAUCACUGGAAGCAGUUGUCUCGGUGCUUCGGAGAUGUUCUCACCCAUCCUCGAACCCUCAGGACCGGGGAGACGAGCCAGCGCCCCAUGCCCACCCCUCAUCCUGGGACCACCGUCGUCAUGGUCAAUGCCGCGCUCAGGAUACCUAGAGCCCUUGUCCCUCAUCGCGUUUCGGUGGCAUGACCUGCUCCACUUUGUCGCCUUGAUGAUCUUCCUUACUCACGCCGCAAGGGGCCCCGGGGAAACACCAAUAGAGGAGCUGUUUGCGGACGAGGCCGUCAACUCGGCAGUUGUGAAAACUUGGAACUACGCCAUCUGGGAAAGUCAAAACCGGGUGGUCGUUGGGCAGUGCCGACCGUCUAUAUGUACGGCACCAGUUCUUCCCUCAUCUUCGGCCGUCAAAUCCAUUCUCCUUUACAUCUUUCUGAACCAUUGUCGACCGCUUGGCUCAUAUUUCAUUGCUUUCCAGUCAUGGCGACCUUCAUCGCAUAUCAACCUGGAGCAAACGCACCGCCCUUCGAAAACCAUGUUUUCGGCAAAUCUCCCCCAGUUGCGUCUUCCACUUGUGUGUCAAGCAGACAAAGCUCAAAAUCUCCUAAUCAGACAAAGUCUGUGGGCAAAGCGGAUUUCGUCGAUUUUGUGGAUUUGACUGCUUCUCACCAGGACACCCCUCGGGAGUGUCUGGCGCUGCGAGAACUUCUGGAGCCGAUGUGUCAUGAUCCCGACAAAUGCGGUAUCCGAUUUACUAGAGACCGUAGUAGCGGCGCGACAUGCAGCGACAAAAAUGAUGACGACAUUGACUGUGAAAGCGAAGCCAGUGACCUUCCAUCUCUCUAUGAGAUCUUUACGCGGAACGACACACAGUUUGGAGGUAGCGGCGAGUUCGGCUGCAAGGUCUUCGCAUCGUCAGCCCCAGUCGACCGGACGAGCGAAGAGCGUGGUCGCGAGGGUGACAGUGAGGAGAUUGCCGAUCUCGCCGCCGCGACUGUCACAAGCGUACAACUCGGUGCUAGCCAAGACAACCCAAUUGUGCUGGACGAUGACCAGCCAGUUGACGCACACCACGACGCCACCGUCCCUGACGGCGAAAAGCCUACCUUCGAAAUCGCGGAUCCGGCAGAUCCUAGCCAUCCCUCUUCAAAUUUAUCAAGAGGAAGUACUGACCCUCGCACGAAUGACGGAAAGAACACUUCAGACCAUUUAGCGAAGUACAACACCGACAACCCUAUGGGCCACGAGCAAGAAGAAGGCAACGAAUCACACAAGGACGAUGCUGUCCACACCCGUGCUCUGGCUAGAGGUAGCGGUGAUAACGAGCGCAGUUGCAGUGACAGUACAGAUUCGGAUGCACCGGCGUCUGUGGGCCGAAUCCACGACGUCUUUGCCGAGUACGAGGAGAUGUUCGGCUUGCCUAAGUCGAAGCAAAAGGCGGCACGUUCGACUCUACCUGAUUGCCCAGAGAGUGAGACCACAGCAGGCUCUAUUCCACGUGGCGUCAUCCAGGGAGAGCCAUGGGCGGCUGCGGGUGACGGCGUCACGGACCUUGAGCAGGCUGCAGAAUCCGCAGGAGGUGAUGCUGCCCGCCUUUCGAAGAGAGGAAUUGAGAAUGAGUCCGGACUGGAAAUUGUUGGACAAGAGACAGACACCGCGGAGGUUAAGUCCCAGGGUGUUCACGCAUUGGCUGGCAACUGCCACUCAGGUAAAAUUCUGUCACCACGCUGUUGAAUCUCGUCCCUGACUCUGACAUGUGGGAUCACAGAAAAUAUCAGUGCUUUUCUACAUCAUCCACUAUCGUCGCCUCUUAUGAUGGCAGAAGAGGCUAUCGGAUCUGAUCCUGGCGCUAUCACCCAAGGAGCACGAACUCGAAAACGAACUCGGUCAUUUACCCAACCCACACUUUUUUCGGACGGAGAUGUCCCUCAAAAACGGCCUCGCCGUGCAACGAAAGAGACGCAGAAGGCCAGAGAGGCCAGGGAGGCGCAAGAGGCGGUAGAGGCCCAGCGGGCUCGUACGCCAUUGCGUUCAUCCCGCGCAAAACAGGCUUACUUCGUUCGCCCCGGUGGCGGUGUUGCUGGAGUGGGCGGCAGGGUGGCAGAGGUCGAGGACGUUUAUCUAGGGGAGGAUGGCUCCAUCCAGUGUGUUGUCAUGUGGAAGUCGUCGUUGAUUGCCAUAGAUAGCCUUGCUGGUGGAGAGCUGCGGCAACGAUGCGAGCAACUGUUCAGGAAGAGGUAUGGCCGAAAAGAGUUACAGAGGAGGACGGCGGCGAUGAAGCAGCGGAUCAAGAAGAAAUGAGGCCUGGAAGGCAGGUUGUCUGUCCUUGGAUCCAAGAGAAUUAGGAGCUUAUUUCACCAUGGUAUUGUGGUAUGGUCAAUGUAGACAGGCAAACGUUAGGUCCAUUCAAUGAAGUUAAGAUACCAUUCCUGUCGAAAACUGUCUUGGGCUGAUUUCCCGGUCCGCCACUGAAGAAUGCUCAAAGUAUUUCUCAGUACUCGAGAGCUAUCCUCGGGCGCUUUCUGCAAAACAUUUGUGCUUGCCAGCAAUAGAUCAGGCAUUAGAGCAUAGUGAAUGAGAAAUUCAUG